GGUCAUACAGGGGUUCACUUCUUAGUGGUGUCCUGAAAAUCUGGGUAACUGACACUUUUCCCAAGACCUGGCUACUUGCUCAGCCUAGUCCUGUGGUCCAGAUGGGUCAGAAUGUGAGCCUACGGUGCCGAGGAGCAAUGGAUGGAGUGGGGCUUGCACUUCAUAAGAAAGGAGACAAUAAACCACUUCAGUUCCUGGAUGCCACCAGCAUCAAUGACAAUAAGUCAUUCUCCCUCAACAAUGUGACCUACAGUGAUGCUGGCAUCUAUAGCUGUCACCAUCUUCUCACCUGGAAGACUUCCAUUAGGAUGACAUCACACAACACGGUGGAGCUUGUGGUUGUAGACAAGCCCCCCAAACCCUCCUUGUCAGCUUGGCCCAGCACCGUGUUCAAGCUAGGAAAAGCCAUCACUCUCCAAUGCCGAGUAUCUCAUCCAGUACUUGAAUUUUCUCUGGAAUGGGAAGAAAGAGAAACAUUUCAAAAAUUCUCAGUGGAUGGAGACUUCAUCAUCAGUAAUGUAGAUGGGAAAGGUACAGGGACCUACAGUUGCAGCUAUCGCAUAGAGGCAUAUCCUAACAUCUGGUCACAUCGCAGUGAACCUCUAACGCUGAUGGGGCCAGCAGGCUAUCUCACCUGGAAUUACGUUCUGAAUGAAGCUAUCAGGUUGUCGCUAAUCAUGCAGUUUGUUGCCUUGCUGUUGGUAGUGCUGUGGAUAAGGUGGAAGUGCCGGAGGCUCAGAAUCAG